AUGAUUAUAAUCGCUAUCCUCGAGAAGACCAAGGCCUUCAGCAAGAAGCCCCCAACGGAGGUGUACCUGGAGUUCUACGGCCUGUACAAGCAGUUCCAGGAGGGCGACAUCAACAUUGAGAAGCCCGCCGAUGCCGAGGGUGCUGCUAAGUACGAUGCCUGGCAGAGCCGCAAGGGACUGUCCGUCGAUGACGCCAAGGCCGCCUACGUCGCUCUGUACGAGAAGUACAACCCCAUCUACGGAUAAGCUACAGUUUAUGGCCCACUCUGAUACCAACCAAUAAAUCUUGACCAUCUGUGAACUAAGUGAUUGUCUAUUUCGAGGGAGCUUCUACCAAUUCUGUUUUAUUGGUUCACAGAUUAUGAACUCAAGAUCCUAAAACACCUUAUAUCAGAUAACCGGAAAGCACGACACCGCUUAUCUGUAAUGGCUCAGCCGGAUUUCUUAUCUUCAACUGUUCUCGUAAUAUUCUCGUAAAUCUUAGCUUGUAAAACAUCUAUCAUUUUCU